CCCGAGCCGGACAACCGUCGCGGAAGCCUCGAGGCCACUCAAAGCCCGCAAAUGCUAUCAAGUGUCCAGAACUUGCUGAGUUUGAUGCGGCAAAAGAAAAAUAAGGCGCUUGCACGGCUCUUCCGCGAGCACAGCUUUGUUGGGGUCGUCGACAAGCAGUUCUCGCUGGUGCAAUACCGCACAAAGCUGUACAUCGUUCGGCACGACGAGGUCGCUUUCCACGUCUUCUACCAGCAGGUGCUGCAGCAGUUUGGCGAGACGCGGCCGAUCACUCUGCAGACCCCGCUACCAGUCUACGACCUGGUCCUAGAGGCUCUCAAGAACCCGCGCAACGGCUACGACGAAGAGGACGGCCCGAGGGAGCAGCUCGCGGACGAGAUCAAGACGCUGCUGAUCGCCAACGGCCCCAUGCUGUUCGAGUACUUCUCGCUGGACAUCGACUCGCAGGGCAUGCUGCGCACGCUGCCCCAGCUGCUGCCAGACCACGAGCCGUCGAUCCACUCGCUGCCCGAGUUCGUGUUCCACCUCGCCACCGAAGUGAACUGGGAGGAGGAGGAGCCGUGCUUCGAGAGCGUGGCGCAGGCGCUGGCGCGCUGGUACGGCGAGAUGCGGUACCCGGGCAACGCCGAGCGCGAGGCGCUGGUGCUGGAGCACGUGCUGUUCCCAGCGGCCAAGGCCGCCGCGUUCUGCCCGCCCAACGAGCUCAACGACGCGCAACUCAUCACGCCCGUGGCCUGCCUCACCAACCUCUACAAGAUCUUCGAGAGCGGGCGCUCCACGACUCUGCCAGCCGCCGCCUUCCCGCCCCGCAACAGCGUCGUGCGCAAGAUCAUGCUGCAGACCAUCGGCGAGCACUGCGAGGACACGACGCUGCCGGCCGUGCAGAGCUUCGUGGCCGGCGUGGAGAGCUACUGCGCCAGCACCGAGAGCCUGGCCAGCCUGGGCAAGUCGCUCUACACGUCGCCCGCGCUCGUGUUCGUGGUGGACGAGGUCAUGCGCGUGAUCCUGUGGAACGACUGCGCCGUCAAUCUCUGCGGCUACUCGCGCGAGGAGAUGGCCGGCCGCAACCUGCUCAAGGAGCUGCCGUACCUUGUGCCCCCGGCCACGGCCGCCGUGCUGGCGGACGCGCUGGCCCACUGCGUCCGCGGCUCGCCCGUGGCCAGCGUCAUGCUGGAAUUUGUGAGCCGAGAGCAGGCCAAGGUCACGCUGCUGGGCUCGUGCACGCCUCUGGUCGGGAACCCCGUGGGCUCCGGCAUGCUCGUGGUGGCCCAGGACCUUACACACCUGCCGUUCGCGAUGGUGGACAAGAAGGCGCUGGCCGAGACGCCGGCAGUGCUGGACCAGACACAAGCAACGCUGUCGUCGAAUGCGUCGCAGAUUCCGGGCUGGAGUGAGAUCGCACCGAACUACUCGAUCGAGUGCGUGCUAGGACAGGGAAGCUACGGACAAGUGGUGCGCUGCAAGCACCUGCCCACUGGCGAGAUCGUGGCUAUCAAGAAGAUCCAGAACGUGUUCUCAGACCCGAUCGACGCCAAGCGUAUUCUGCGUGAAUUGUGCAUCCUGCGCCAGCUGCGGCACCCCAACAUCGUGCAGAUCCGAGAGAUCAUUGCGCCGCUGGACAUGGACCAUUUCCAGGACCUCUUCGUCGUGUUUGAGUAUUUGCCAUCCGAUCUAGAGAAGCUCCUGCACUCGCCCCAGUUCCUUACGGCUGAGCACUUGAGGUGGCUGCUGCUGGAUUUGCUCAAGGCGCUCAAGUACAUGCACUCGGCGGAAAUUGUACACCGCGACCUGAAGCCUGCCAACGUGCUGUUGAACCUGUCGCCCGUGGCGAUUAAGAUUUGCGACUUUGGUCUGGCGCGCGGACUCUCGUCGUCUGCGUCGACAACAGGACGCAAGCGCAAGCGUCUGGGCGACGGCUCGACCCCGGACGAAACCACAUUGCAGGGCGUCGGCGUACACCCUCGAACCCCUGCACGACGGAUCCAGCGCCAGCUUACAGAGCACGUCGUCACACGCUGGUACCGCGCUCCUGAGAUUAUUUUCCGUGAUCACGAUUAUUCAGCCGCAAUUGACGUGUGGUCGGUGGGCUGUAUCUUUGCGGAGCUGCUGAGCAUGCAGAAAAGCAGUGUCCCGUCGCACUACCAGCGCGAGCCACUGUUUCCUGGUGUAUCGUGCUUUCCGCUGAGUCCUGGUGCUGGCCAAGUAGCGUUGCCGCAGGACAGUCGUGACCAACUCAACACGAUUCUUGACGUGCUUGGUACCAUGGACGAGGAGGACAUCGCAGAGAUUGCAGACCCCGACGUGCAGUUCUAUUUGCGCAGUUUGCCGCCUCGGCCAAAGCGCAACCUACAGGAGAUGUAUCCUGGCGCUGAGCCCGAGGCCAUCGACUUGCUCACGUGGAUGCUCAAGAUGAACCCGCGCAAGCGCGCGACCCUCGACGAAGCUUUGUCGCACAAGUACCUCGCCAGCAUUCGGUCGUUGGAGGAGGAAAUCGUGGCUCCUGGAACCAUCCAGCUCGAGUUUGACGAGAAAAAGAUGAACGUAGCGGAGAUUCGCCAGCGAAUGCUGAGCGAGAUCCGAUUCUACCACCCCGCUGCAGGCACUGGUGCAGCUGUGAGCGCUUCUGCUCGGGCGGUACAAGCCAACGGUGGCGUGAGCAAGAAGGCCAAGCAAGGCUGA